AUGCCAUCUUCAUCAUUGAAAUAUGAUCGACGUCAAGCUGAACAUGAAGAUGGUGAAUUAUCAGAAGAAGAUGAUUACCCAAGAAGAUCUAAUUCGUUCAAUCGUAAUCACUCUCAUCAACACCAUCCUCCUCCUCCACCAAGAUUAAUACGUCCUCCCAGACCAACGAAAACUUGGAUAAAUCCAUUAGAUAAUCCUGGUCCAUCGAGACAACGACUUUCCGCUUCUCCUACAAAACGAAAUCAUACAACAUCCUCUUCCUCAUCUUCAUACCAUCCUAAAUCACCUGAAAAAAUCAAUAGAUCAUCAUCUUUGUUUGUCGGAAAGGACAACGAAAAGGAAAAGGAUCCACGAAAGGAAAGAACUGUUUAUGGAUUACCACCUAAACCAAGUGAAAUAAGAUCUAAAUCACCUAUUGCAAAAUCCACUGUUCCAGUCACAGAACCAAAAUCACAUUCGAAUCGUGGAUUUGACGAGAUUGACAUUGAUAAAUCACAUAAGGAAAAAAGUAGAGAAAGGAUAUAUGAUCCACCACCUGUCACAAGUCAUAGGUCACAUAGAUCUCCAUCGCAGUCACCGCCCCCGAUACAUGCAUCAACUGGAUACGAACGUAGAAGAUCCCCUGCUCCAAAUCAUCGCUACGACGAUUAUAGAGGUAGGGAUGAUAAUUAUAGACCAUACGAUUAUGGAAGAGGGGAUAGGUUUAGACGUGAUCACGAAAGAGAAGACAGAGGCAGAGGUCCAAGAACGGAUUAUCGUGCGAGGGAUCAAGAAGAUACGGAAUAUACUUCAAGUUGGGGACAGUACAACUCCAAUAGGGAUCAAAUACUGAAAGAAAGAGGGAUCGUGAAGGGCGAAGACAGGUACACAGGAUCUACAAAGUCACCUCCAAUGAAGCACGAAAAGGCCUUCCCACCAAAGAGGAAAGGAUACGAGCGUGAUAGAGAAGAAGAUCCUCGCAGGAAUAAGAGCGAUCGUUCCGAAAACAGUGAACACAAAAAAGAGGAAAAAGUCAAGGAAUUUAUCAGUAAUGGAUACUCAAAAAAAGAACGGUCAUCACCACAUCUACCACCCCCUCCCCCAUCACCUCCACCUCAACCUCCAUCCGACGAUGACGAUUCCCAAAAUGAUAGUCAACGAUCUGCUCCUAUCCGAAUACUGAAACGACCAACACGUCGCACAUCUCCCCCACCUAUCGAGGCACCACCUUUACCUCCUUCAGCAGCGAUGCCACCACCACCGAAUGAUUUGCCUGCUGGGGUACUCACACCGCCACCUCCUCCGCCGCCGGACACUCCACCGCCGCCGCCAUCAGCAGUAGUAACAGAAUACGCUCCACCUCCGACGCCACCACCACCAGCACCAGCGUCUUCCCCUCCCAAAUCUCAACCGCCGCCCAAGAUAGAAGAACAUUCGAAUCCUUAUGCACCUAGGCCUAUACCUGACGCGCCAAAUAGGAACUUACUGGAUCCACCCACGAGAGUUUCUACGCCAAUAGCCAAGAAAGAUCUCAAUCCAAAGAAAGAUCUCAAUCCCUAUGAUGUCAGUACCCAACGGUUCAGAACGAUGACAGCGGAAGAAGAAUUAAAAAAGUUGAAAAAGACGUUCGAGGGUACAACCACGUUGGCUGCGUAUGACCUGGGUGCUAAGUUGGGUGAAGGAACAUUCGGUGUUGUGACCAAAGGUGUGGAAAUAGCAACCAAAAGGGUCAUCGCUCUGAAGAAAUUGAUCACACACAACCCACGUGAUGGAGUAUCGGUAACAACCGUACGGGAGAUCAAAAUUUUGAAAAGUCUAAGCCAUCCCAAUGUGGUGCCCAUCUUAAACAUGGUGGUCGAGCGAAAAAAUCCCGGUGACCGGAGUACUCGAGGAGAGGUUUUCAUGGUAUUUCCUUAUAUGGAUCAUGACUUGUGUGGUUUGCUAGCAAACAAGGAUUUCAAGAUGUCACAUUCGACAGCCAAACUACUCAUGAAGCAAAUACUCCAGGGAAUGGCUUAUAUCCAUGCAAACAAUUUCAUUCAUCGAGAUAUAAAGACUGCGAAUAUUCUGGUCGACAAACACGGCUUAAUCAUGAUUGCUGAUUUUGGACUUGCACGAACAUGGACUCAUGAUGCAGCGAUGCCGCCUCACCUUGCGAAUGAGUACACCAAUAUGGUGGUGACACGAUGGUAUCGAGCUCCUGAAUUGUUACUUGGUGAUACACACUAUGGACCUUCUGUCGACAUGUGGUCAUUGGGAUGUGUUCUAGGAGAAAUGUAUUUCCGUCAUCCCAUUUUAGCUGGUGAUAGUGACCGAGAUCAACUUUACCAAAUCUUUUCUCGAUGUGGACCGUUGAAUAAAGAUACUUUCCCUGGGUGGGAAAGAUUACCUGGUUUCCCCGAAGCUGAAGGACAUCCAUGGGAAAAAACUCCAACGGACAUGUUUAUCCUUGAAUCUUCGCAGAAAUGGGGGAUGGACCGUGGAGGAGCUCAGUUGAUGGUCAAACUCCUAUCGCUGGAUCCGAAGAAACGAUUGACGGCCCACGAUGCAUUGGAUCAUCCUUGGUUCUGGACUUCUCCUCUACCUGCCGAUCCUAAGAAAAUGACUAUCAAUGUGGAUUCUUCACAUGAAAUGACAACUCGUCAAAAGCAAGAACCAGUUGCAGCAGCAGCAGUUCCGAACCGAGUCCCUGUUAGACCACCCCACCAACAGUCCUACGCUCAAGCAACUACUCAGUCUAGACCUCCCACGUUUGGUGGACCACCCCUGGGGCCGAGAGGGCAACCACAACCUUUUCAGCAACAGCAACAACAAGGUUUCAAUGGUUAUCCCAAUCUUCAAGCGCAGGCUGGCUUCCAACCUCAACCUCAGAUGGGAUACCAGCAACAUCAUAUCCCAAAUGGAAAUCCAUACGUAGGACCAUCGAUGGCUGCGGCACAUCAAUCUGGUUUGACCGGUGGUCAGCAAUCUGGAUCUGGACUUGGGGGAUUUAACAAUAAUAUUAGUAGUAAUGUGUAUGGAAGACCGCCUUCGAAUCAACCGAACUCGUAUCAAAGACCUCCACCUUCGUACCAGAGUCAAAACCUAGGUGGUAGACAUGGGUUACCAGCUGCACCAUUCAAACUUACUCCGUCCGUUGGUGGUGGUGGAGGUGCAAUCCCCACGGCCCCUUUCAAGCUGUCUGGGUCAGGUGGUAUGGCAAUGGGUAUGAACGCUAGACCUCUUCCAAUGAGACCACAAGGUCAAGGUCAGUUCAAUGAACAUCAGCCGGGAAUGGGAAUGAAACGGGGUCCACCCAUGACGAAUGAGAAUGACUAUUGGAGAGAAGAGAAAAGAAGGAAAGCAGAUGGAGGACUACCUUAUUAG